AGUAUUAUAAGAUUUCUAGAAAUUAAAUAUAUAAAUGCAGAGCUUUGAUAUUGAAGAAGACUCUCUAAACUUUUCUACUAAACAGGUGGAAGAAGAUAAUGUUUCCACUACCACCAAGAAUGCACCCGUUGGUUACACAAAGUUGAUAGUGAUUUUGUGUGUGUUCAACAUUCUGCUUAAAGCAUCCUAUUCUGUCUGAGCACCACUUUUGCCGGGUGAAGCUAGUCUCAAAGAAGUUGACCAAUCAGUUGUGGGACUCAUAUUCUGAUCCUACUCAGUAAGCUUUGCUAUAAUUAGUCCUAUUGCUGGGAAAUUAAUGGCUAAAUAUGGGCGAAGGAACUGUCUGAUCUUUGGUUCAGCCCUGGUAGGUCUAUCCAACAUUGGCUUUGUAAUAUUGCACUUUAUGGAUGGACCAUAUGUAUUCAUCAUUUGUUUCACCCUUUUGAGGUUAAUACAAGGUGUAGGUACCGGGUGCUUGCAAACAGCCAAUUAUUCUAUCCUCUCACUCAUGUAUCCAUCUCAGGUUGAAUUUGUUUGUGGUUGCUUGGAAGCUGCUGCUGGAGUGGGAAUGUGUUUUGGCCCAUUCAUUGCUAUUCCAUUAUAUAUGCUAGGAGGCUACAUCUUGUCCUUCCUAGUGUUUGGUAUCAUAUUCUGUGUUUACUGCUUCAUGAUCAAUCCUAUUGUUCCGAAAGAAGUAGAUGAACUUGAAGAAGUAGAAAUCGACACUUCAAAAUACUCAUAUUCAAAAAUGCUUUUUAAUAGAAGAAUUUUAUUUGCCAACCUAGCUCUGCUGGUGAAUAUUUUCCAAUACACCUUCAUUGACCCAUUCCUUUCUGAUAGAAUGGCUGAAGACUUUGGAUAUGGAGCUAAGAGUGCAAGCUUGCUCUUUUUUAUUCUUGGAAUUGGGUAUGCUGGAGCGUGCAAUUGAGUUUUUAUCACCUUGCAGCACUUAUCCUUUAGAAGAUGUUUCUUUAUUUUCUUCAUUCUAAAUGGCUUAUGUACUUUGAUGUAUGGACCGACUCAGAUUCUGCCAAUCCCAAAUUCCUUACUUUUGAUUGGCCUUUUCAUGUUUCUAGGAGGAAUAACUUCUGCUCACACAAUAAUCCCUACUCUACCAGAAAUCAUUGAGGCUGGCAGAAAUGAACUAAAUUACCCAGCUGAGGUCCUGAACGACCUAAGUUCAGGUCUUUUCAACAUGUUCUUUGCAUUUGGAGAGAUUUUAGGCCCACUCAUCGGAAACCACCUCUAUGUAGAAAAAGGUAUGGCUAAAACAUGCGAAAUAAUCGGUAUUUCAGUGAUAACUUUCUCUAUCAUCUACUUCCUAGUAUGUGACAAAAGUAUGCCCUGGAACAAGUCUAAGAAAGUGAGAGUCCUGCUCGAAGAAGAUGUUUAUUCUUCCUUGAAGUCUAUAAACCAAUCGGAUUAGUGACUCUAUAUCUUUCUUCUUCUUCAUUAAUUUUUAAUAAGAUAGUAAUA